GUGGGCGUGCGGCGCGUCACGUGUCCGGCGCGGUGACGUCAGACGCCGGCGGAGGGGCAGGGCCGCCAUGGAGGAAACGACGGGGCAAGAUGGGGUGCCUUCUCCGGCUACGCCUGGGACAGGAAAAUCAAAGUUGGACACGCUGCCAAAGGAAGAUCUCAUCAAAUUCGCCAGGAAACAGAUGAUGCUUAUACAGAAGGUGAAGUCAAGAUGCGCAGAACUGGAGAAAGAGGUGGAAGAACUCAAAUCCAAACCAGCCCCCGGAGGAAAUGAGGAUGUGAUUCAGGUUCUCACCGAGCGGCUGGAUGCCGUCCUUCUGGAAAAAGCGGAGAGCCAGCAACAGUGUAUAACUCUAAAAAAAGAAAACGCUGAAAUGAAGCAAGCUGCAAAGGAUUCCGUGGCCAAGAUGGAAGGCCAGCAGAAGGAAUUCGAACAAUCAACCGCCAGCCGCCUGAAGGAAAUGGAAAGCCUUCAAAAGGAAUUGCUGGAAGCCGAGUCAAAGCACGCGGCGGCCGUAACCGGCUUGCGGAAGGAACUAGAGGAGGCGCUGAGCAAACAGUCGGGGCUUGAAGUCCAGCCUGACGGUCCCCGGGACCCCCAGAAUGACGUUAAAAGCCUCCAAGACGACCUCCAACGAAUCAAGACCGUGUACGAGGAACAGAUCUCCCGUCUGAAGAAGGAGCUAGAAGCUGCCGGGGAGGAGAAGCGUGGGGAAGUAAACGACCUCCACCAGACCAUCAGAGCUAAUUCCCAGCAUCACCAAAGUGAAAUCAGUCGCUUGCAGGAAGAGCUGGGACAACUCAAGGGUUCAUUUCGGGAAGAGGCGGCCAGUCUGAGGCUUCAGCUCGAAGCUUCUGCCCAAGAACUUGAGGAAGAAACAAGCAGGAUGAAUCAGGCGAAGCAGGAUUUAAUAGAGCAGUGGGAGGCCAAAGAGAAAGGCCUGCAAGAGAAGUAUGAACUCGAAUUAGAAACCCUUAGAGGGGCGUUAAAUGAGUACAAGCAAAACCGAGUAGCCUGUUCAGAGGUCCAGGAUGCUCCACAAAGGGAGCAAGGACCGCAUGAAGAAGUCAAACGCUUAGAAGACCGCUUGAAAGAACUCGAAUCUCAGCACAGUAUAUUGAAAGACGAGGUAACGUACAUGAAUAACCUUAAAUUAAAACUAGAGCUGGAAGUCCAGAGCAACAAGGAAGAGUUCUUCCACGAACGGGAGGACUUAGAGUUUAAGGUGAACGAACUGCAACUCGCCCGAGAAGACCAGUGCUGCGUAAUCGAGAGGUUAAAACUGGACCUAGAAGCCGCGAGGAGUCAGUAUCGCAGUGCCGUGGAACAGCAGGCUGGGAGAGAGCAGGCCCUCCUUGACCGGCAUCACCGUGAAAUCUCCGACCUCAAAGAGUCGUUACUGUCAGAUUCAGAGAAGGAGAAGCUGUCCUCCCUGUUUGAAAUCCAGAGCCUGAAGGAGCAGUGUGAGAGCCUUCAGCAAGAGAAAGAAGAAGCGUCUUCUAAUUACGAGACUCUGAGGGAGACCCUGGAGACCCUGCAGUUGGAACUGGGGGAGUCGGCCGGGAAGAUAAGUCGGGAGUUUGAGUCCAUGAAGCAGCAGCAGGCUUCCGACGUCCAAGAGCUGCAGCAGAAACUCAGAGCGGCUUUCAACGAGAAAGACGCUCUCCUCGAAACAGUGAACCGGCUCCAAGGGGAAGCGGAAGAGCUGGCAUCUCGGCGGGAAGAAGCCGAGGAACGGGCAGGCCGAGCCGGGAGCUUGCGGGAAAAGAACGAAGAGAUGGGGGCUUGCCUCCUUCGAAAAGAUUCCGAGUUAAAAGAACUUGAGGCCAAAAUUAGCGCUUUGGAUGCUGAAAGAGACCACGUCCUGCGUGAAGCGAGAAGCACUCAGGGUGAGCUGCGUACACUCCGGGAAAAUUACGAAAGGGAAGAGAAGGAGAUUUUCAGACUCAGGGCAGAAGCAGAUGAAUUCACUCAGUGUAGGAGAGAACUGGAGCGGCAGGUGAAACAAUUAACCGAAGCUGUAGAAAAGGCUUCCGUGGAGAAGGAGCAAAGCGACCAACAGUUGGGAAAAUUUGAGGAAGAAAUUAGGGUAUCUUUUCAAGAGCGGGAAAAGCUGUCAGCGGACCUCAAGGUCCUUCAGGAGGAGAAUGAGAGGUUACAGAGGGAAAAGGAGAAAAUGAAUAGGGAGUUGGAGACACUUGCUUCUGAAAAGGAAGGGGACGUGAGUUUUAAAGAGCAGGCCGCCGACACGGCAAAGAAACUUCAAAUGGCGAUGGAAGAGAAAAGCCGAUUGGAUCAGUUGUUAAAACACGAGCAAACUCAGGCAUCCUCUGUCAAGGCUCAGCUGAUGGAUUUUGUAAGACAGAUGGGACCCGGGAUCUCGGUCGAAAGCGACGGGGAUAACGUCAACAACGUCCUACAAGUCUUAAGUGAAUCCGUAGCCAGAAUCAAUGAAGAAAAGGAGAGCAUCGCUCUGCAGAACGACGAAACAGUCCUUGGGUUGCGGAGAGAGAUCGAGCGGCUACAGGAAGAAAAUGUAGCUCAGGACGAAGAGUUUCAAUCUUUACUAAAAGACCGCGAGAAAGAAAAGGACCUCCUGAAAGAAGAACUAGAGGGAGCCUUGUCGGAAAAAGAAGCACUCCAGAUCGACCUCUUAGAGAUGAAGGAUGUGAACGAACAAACCAGACUUGAAAACCAGGAUCUUCUAGCUCGCCUCGAAGACAUCUCUCAGGAACUUGAAAGGGAAAAAGAAGAGGCGCAAGGUGGGCUGUCAGUAGAGCAGCCAGGAAACCUGCAGCUGCUGUUGGAACAAAAAGAAGCCGAACUUCAGGAGGUGAAAACGGAGUUGACAUCUCUACAGGAUUCCCUCCAGAAAUCAUCCUCUGUAAAAAGUGAGCAACAGUCGGCGGUGACGGAACUGGAAGAUAAAAUCGGCAUCUUAGAGAAGGAGUCCAAAGAGAAGGACGAGAAGUUAAAUAAGAUCAAGGUCAUUGCCGUGAAGGCGAGGAAAGAACUGGAGGCCAGUAGGAAAGAGGCUCAGGGGCUGAGAGACGAACUGGAAUCGAUCCUGCUGGAGAAGGAGAAGUUGUCCGCUUCCCUGGGAGAUCUCGUCCAAGGAGCCGAAGGCUAUAAGAAUCUUUUGGUAGAAUACGACAAACAAGCGGAGCAGUUGGAUGUGGAAAAAGAACGUGCCACUGAUUUUGAGCGUCAAGUAGAAGACCUGACAAAGCAAUUAAGGACAUCGGGUCUUCAGCGUGACAAGCUAAGCUCUGACAAUGAAGAUCUCCUAGCCCGCAUCGGCACACUUCAGUCGAACGCCAAGUUAUUAGAAGCCCAGAUUCUGGACACCCAGAAAACCAAAGCCGCAGUGGAUAAAGAGCUGGAAGCUGAAAAACUUCAAAAAGAACAAAAGAUCAAGGAGCAUGCUGGGGCUUUAAAAGAACUUGAAGAACUGCAGCUGCAACUACAGAGGGAGAGGAAACAACUUCAGAAAACUCUGCAGCAGUUGGAGCUGGUUAGAAAGGAUGCUCAGCAGACCACAUUGAUGGAUAUGGAAAUAGCUGAUUAUGAGCGGUUAGUAAAAGAGCUAAAUCAGAAGAUAAGUGAUAAAAACAGCCAGAUUGAAGAUUUUGAGCAAGAAGUUAAAAUUCAGAAGCAGAAACAAGAAAACCUGCAGGAAGAAAUAGCUUCACUUCAGUCUUCAGCGGAACAGUAUGAGGACAAGAAUACCAAGCUCAAGCUACUGCUGGGGAAGACUAAAAAGGAACUGGCGGAUUCGAAACAAGCGGAAACCGACCACUUAAUACUUCAGUCAUCUUUGAAAGGAGAGCUAGAAGCAAGCCAGCAGCAACUUGAAGUCUAUAAAAUCCAGUUGGCCGAAAUCACCUCAGAGAAGCAUAAAGUCCAGGAGCACCUGAGGAACUCAGUUGAACAGCACCAACGUACCCUGAGCGCCUACCAACAGAAGAUCGCAACUUGGCAGGAAGAGUGCCGCACCGCCAAGGCGGAACAGGCGGCUAUCACCUCUGAAUUCGAGAGCUACAAAGUCCGCGUCCAUAACGUUCUGAAGCAGCAAAAGAGCAAGUCGGCCGCUCUGGCCGAAACCGAGGGAGCCAAAAAAGAAAGGGAACACCUGGAAGCGAUGGUAGAUCAACUGAAAAUCAAGCUCCAAGACACCCAGAAUAAUUUGCAAGCCAACGUCUCCGAGCUUCAGUUACUGCAGUCCGAACAUGACACCCUGCUGGAAAGGCACAAUAAAAUGCUGCAGGAGACCGUGGUGAAAGAAGCGGAGCUUCGAGAAAAGUUCUGUUCGAUCCAGUCGGAAAACUUGGUGCUGAAGUCCGAGCAGGCCCAAACGGUGAGCCAGCUGACCGCCCAGAAUGAAGCGCUCCGCAGCAGCUUCCGGGAUCAAGUCAGGCAUCUUCAGGAGGAGCACGGGAAGACGGUGGAGACCCUGCAGCAGCAGCUGUCGAAGGUGGAAGCUCAGCUCUUCCAGCUGAAGAGCGAGCCAACCGCCAGAAGUCCAGCUGCUUCCCACCAGCCCGCGAAGACUCUCCGAGAAAAGAGAAAUACAGAUCUCCCUCCCCUAGACGUGCACAUUCUUGCGAGGGAAGAAGGAGAAGGGAUGGAAACGACAGACACAGAAUCCGUAUCUUCUUCCAGCACAAACACGCCUUCGCUAGAACAACUUCUUAAUUCUCCCGAAACCAAACUUGAGCCUCCUCAGUGGCAUGCCGAAUUCACCCGGGAGGAAUUAAUCCAGAAGCUCACCACCACCACCAAGAGCACCGACCACCUCAGCAGCCUCCUCCGGGAGACGGAAGCAACCAACGCGAUUCUCAUGGAGCAGAUUAAGGUGCUUAAAAACGAAAUAAGGCGAUUAGAAAGGAACCAAGAGCGGGAGAAGUCGGUGGCCAACCUGGAAUACCUGAAGAAUGUCCUGCUGCAGUUUAUAUUCCUGAAGGCGGGCAGCGAGAGGAAGAGUCUCCUUCCAGUCAUAGACACCAUGUUGCAGCUCAGCCCCGAGGAAAAGGGGAAGCUUCUUGCAAUCGCACAAGGGGAGGAAGAAAGUGGAAGCUCUCACUCCGGAUGGACAUCUUACCUCCAUAGUUGGUCGGGGCUUCGUUAAGCUCAAAAAAAGAUUAUUUUCGAAGAGAAGCCUCUUUUGAAGAUCGACCCCGGCACGUUGCGUCCCUCUCUUCAUUUUUUUGUUUUCCUUUGCUAGAAAUUAUUUUUUUAACAGAUGUAUUUAAUAGGAAGUUCUAAAGAGAAGGAGUCCCAUUAUCCGUUUGGAAAAGGGGGAAUGCCUUGGCUCCAGCGUGGCAGUGGGCCUGGGACUUCCUCAGGCCAAGAGACCCAGAAGACGGAAGAGGGGGACGAGGAGGGAGAGGAACUCUAGCGUCCUGAAACCUUUCUGGAUCUGGAGAAUGCUGUGAAUCUCGAUAACUUGGAGAACUGGAUUUGAAUCGAUCGUCUGUAUUUCAAAUUCCAGCGCCUGAGUUGGUAAAAUGCUAAGGAAAAUGAUUGGUCGAGGGGGGGGGGUAGCAUUAAUGAUGUGGAAGAAUGAAGUUGGUAAGUUGGCUAUGCAGUCUUUCGAGUAGCUUUUACAAAAACUACCGUGCCUAUAUACGAGGAGAGGUGAAAAAGCUCCUCUCAAGUUCCUUGAAUUGGAUUUUGAUAGAGGAAUAUCGGGUUGUUUUUUUUUUCAUUUCAAAGUGAUGCCUCGAAAACUUGCUAGAAGUAGAACAGAGUCUCGAUUAGGUGGCAGAACACCGAAUCAGGUGGUCGCGUUAUUUUUUUUGCCCGAAGCUGUUGAUCCCCCUGAGACGACUGAAGACUUGGGCCGAACGACGGUCGUUGUGUUUUUACCAAAAGGUCUCCUUUACGGACAAGAACUGUGGGGCUGUGGUGUGUCAGAUGGAGCUGGUGUGGGCUAACCACGAUGCCCGUAAGGCCCUGGGGAACCCGAGCCUCUCGGGUUGGCAGAGAUGGGUGGGUUAAUACAAGUGUUUCUGUCUCCCUCCUUCUAGUCUGCCAGUUGACUAGGCCAGGGGCUCGCGACUCUUUUCGAGGGAAACAUAUACCGUGGCUUCCUCUCAAGUACCUCGCCGUCAUAUGUUCACAGACAGAUGCCCACACUUGCUUAUUCUCUCUCUAUCGCUUUCUCUCUCUCUGUCUCCAAACACUUAGAGAAAGGAUAUUCAGAACUGGAAGACAUGAGCAGGGAGUUCUGCCACAACAAAACAGGAAAAAAGAGAAAGCAGUUCCCAGGUUCCUCGGAGCCUGGGGCGCUGGUCAAAGUGCUCACCCGUCACCUGCCCCGACACUGGUGCUGCUGCUGUUGUUGCUGUUUUUUUUCCUCACAGGGUCCCCGAGUGUCCGUUUUGUCCACCGUAAUUGGCCACAUUCCCUCCGGGACUUUGAAGGAGACCCAGGCUACUUACGCCCCGAUUAAAAACCUCAUGGUUGAAUAAUUAAGGGAAGGAAGGGGGCUAAGUUUAUCCAGCGGCGGCCUUUGAUUUUCGUCUAAUCUCUUAAGCCCAGACAAAACAAGGAUUAAAGGAUAAGUGGAUUUGUCUUUUCCCGGUGAAGGUUUUGUCACAGGAGCGGAGUCACCGAGUGGUCAUUUAAAGGCGAUCGUGCCAGGAGGACAGGUAUCGGAGGAGCGGUUCAGAUUUUACGCAGGGCGGACCCCAGAUCUUUCGGUGCCUUUCGCACUCAGGUCUGGCAGGAGGGGGCUUCGUAAUGUUGUCCUGGGUAAGGCUCUAACUGUAGGCCUGGGGGCUCAGCCUCACAUCUAAAUUCAGAGGCACACACACAUUUCCCCACUUAACUCUGUGAGACUCGGGCUUCCAUCUAAAUUCAGAUAUGCAUGCUCACACACAAACACAGCACACACAUCUGCCCUUCUAACUCACUAUAGACCACGGAGCUCAAACUUACAUCUAAAUUCAGAUACACUCACACAUACACACACCCCAACUCCUAACUGUAGGCCGUGAAACUCAGGGCUUACAUCUCAAUUCACACCCACACAAACACACGUGCACUCACAUUUCCAUCACAUCUAAAUUCACAAACACGUAUACCGCACGCAUUACGUCUGUUACAUCCAAACUCUCUCUCACUCACACCUGCGUAGCAUCCAAAAUUCACACCUACGGACAACCUUUUUCCAGAGCGUUGAUUUAUUUUUUCUUCCCCCAGCCCAGCAUCAAGCCCAGUUGCUCAAUUAGAUCGAUAGUUGAUUUGCGAAAGCUCGAACGGGGUCCUAAUCUUGUAUCUGUAAAUGAGGAUCUGUUGCCUGGCAACAUUGUCGGCGUAUUUUGUGAAGCUCUUUAGAUUUAUUGCAGCUUGAUCCAUUUUAAGUUUCUGCUUGGGAACCAAACUGACUUUGCACUUUGUUUGCUAGAACAUUCAUUCCAAACACAUUUAUUGGAAGACCAACUACUGACUGGUUGAGUCACUUCUCUGUGGGAAUCCCUUUUCUCCAGGGCCUGUUUCUUAAACCUUUAAAAGGAACAGACCGUUGGAUGAGUGUUCUAUCCAAAAUAGAGCUGUUUCAAACCUGAAGCAACGUUUAAUUGUUCCUACUUGGAAAACUGUGAAUGUAAGUAUGCCAACAGCGUACAGUUCGUUUAGUAUUUAAAUAAGUUAUAACUGCCUGUUGAUUCUCGGUUGUCUGAAUCGUAUAUUCCCCUGUAAUAGACUGUAGUCAUGAUUGUAGUAAUGAAAUAUUCUUUAAUGCAUGGCAGCAAAUGAUUUCUUUGACUAAAGAAGAAAGUAUUCUUUCAGGGUUGGGGUAAUGAAAGAUAUUCAUGAUUAUUAAAAUAAUCACAAUGUA